AUGUUGUCCGCUGCAUCCUUGUUGACGAUUAUCCUCCUAGCUUUGUCAAUCAUGGGAUCGCUCGUUGAAGUUAACGAUUCCCCCAUCACCCUCCCCAUCGCCAGGAGGCUAAAUGUCUCCAAUGGUACCACUAACCUCGUCCAACAGGAUAAAGCUCGCGUCACUGCUAUCAAAGACCAAUCCUUGAAGCACGGCGGCCAUAGCGUUCCUUUGGGCAACAGUCUUGGUGUAUACCUCCUCGAAGUUGGCAUUGGCAGCCCCGCCACAACUUACGACUUGAUUGUCGAUGCCUCUACCGCGAACACAUGGGUUGGCGCCAAAACUCCGUACGUAAGCACCAGCACCAGUACUUUCACAGGUGAGAGUGUGGCAGUCUCCUACCAACGUGCUUCCUUCUCUGGAUAUGAGUACAUCGACACUGUUGACCUUGGUAAUGGGCUCAUCAUCGCUCAACAGUCAAUUGGUGUGGCUUAUCACACGACGGGCGACUGGGGCGACGCAGACGGUAUCCUUGGCCUCGGGCCUGUAGGGUUGACAAAGGGUUCCCUGCCAGAUGAAAGUGGAACGACGAUCCCGACUAUCACUAACAACCUGCAUAGCCAAGGCACCAUUCAUCGCGAGAUUGUCAGUAUGUAUUUCGAGCCCGCCACUUCAGCAGAGAUGACCGCCAGUGGAGAGCUCACCUUCGGUGGAACUGUCAAAAAAGAGCAUGUCGGUCCCAUUACGUACACUCCUACCACUAAUGCGAAUCCUUCAUCGAACUAUUGGGGUAUCGACCAGAGCAUUUCCUACGGAUCCUCGAUGAUCAUGGGCCCCGUUGCGGGUAUCGUCGAUGCCGGAACCACCUUUAUUUAUAUUGCCACCUAUGCCUUCAACACCUACCAGUCUGCAACCGGUGGUACUCCAGAUGCGGCGACUGGUCUUCUCCUCAUUUCUUCUGCCCAGUACGCAGCCCUCCAGAACCUGAACUUCAAUAUUGCUGGCGAAACCUUCUCUCUCACACCUAACGCCCAGAUUUGGCCUCGUGCUCUUAACAGCUACAUUGGCGGUAGUAGCAGUGGCAUCUAUCUCAUCGUUGCCGACAUCGGUAUGCCAAGUAGCAAAGGUUAUGACUUUAUCAAUGGCUACGCAUUCAUCGAGCGCUUCUUGACUGUGUUUGAUUCCUCCCGUUCCCGCGUCGGUUUUGCCAACACUAUGUACACUGAUGCCACCACCAACUAA